UGUGAAACUUAUGGCUUCUCCCCUUUGCAGCGAACGAGUGCCAUAAAGCCCUUGCACCAGUUCCUGCUUGUAGGCACGGGGUUCCACACGCUCAGCCUCCUAGGGACGAGUCUCGUGGAGGAGGAGCACCAGACCGUCUACUUUUUACUCAGCAGCCUCCACGUGGGCCUCAUCAUCUGCCUCAUCAUCCAGAUCAAGCGCAAGGUGCUUAUGAGAGCUCAUUCUGGCUUGGGUCGACACGACUCGGAUGUAGGGAGGCACAAGGUGGACGAUGAGGUGGUGGAUGAGGAUGUGACGGAGUUGCCCACACGGAUUGCGGGGAGAGGUUCGGGAGGAGUCACGUGGAUGCAGACCCUGCGAAGGACACCGGUCAAGCUGCUGCUUCUGUCGGUGGUGAGCCUAUCCCUCAGUCGCCUCAUGAGGUCAUGGAACUCCACCGGGGACAAGUGGAAACACCUGGAGGACCUGGGCGAUGGAAUACGCGCGGCCGGGGGCUACGUUCUUCUGGCAGUGGUUCUGGCCGGCCUGGUUGUGGCGCUCUUCAUGUUUUCGCAGAACUGCCUGCCGCUUGUACUGGUUGGCUGCGCAUGUAUCUUUGGCCGUCACUUCCCUCUCAGCUCCUCGGGGGGCAUCCUGGAGGCCCAGUUCGCACACUUUGUCAUCUUCAUCCUCUUUGUGUAUGGGCUCCUGAAGGCAAAGCUCAUUGACUUCAAAACACCCAAUUCUAAGGCCAAGAGCAACCUGGACGUGUUUGAGCCAGAGGAAGAGAAGAUGACUGUACUGCUUAGGUACAGUGUGACAGCUCUCAGCCUGCUGUGUCUCCUUCUCCAGAGAGCGGACAACAUAGGGCUCUUGGCUCUGGUCAUGUUGCAGAACUACAUCAUGUCCUCUGUCUUGUGCAAACUUACGGGGACCGGCUUGAUCUCGUCUGGUGCAGCCGCCUUGGCAGUCAACUGGCUUGCAUUUGCUCAUUUCUUUUACCAGGGUAACAGUAAUAGCCUGGCCACUGUAGACAUCAGUGCCGGCUUCGUGGGCGUCACCAGCUAUCGCCCUUUUGUUCACGGAGCUCUCAUUGCAACGCAGACUUUUGGAGGGACUUUCCUCACCUAUCUUAGCUACCUCAUGCAGAUCAUUUCUAGGGAUGCGCAGAAAGAGAGAUGGCAGUAUCCCCUCUUUGUGUGGUGGACUGUAAGGCUAGCCACAGUGAGUCUCUACCUAGUUAACGUUACCUUCCAGCGGCAUCACCUCUUCAUAUUGACGGUGUUCACACCAAAGCUCUUGUAUGAAGGGGCUCACUUACUUGUUCUGUGUGUCCUCACCUUGUUCAUGUGGAGUGUUGAAAAGAUCUGCACAGUGCUGGAGGUGAGCUACAGAUUUGAGUAGGUAUGGGGUUGACUUGAACAGAGAAGUAAGGUAUACAAGGUUGAUGAGAAAAAAAUUUAUUCCUGUUGUCCCUUUUAAGUAUCAUGCAUUGGUCUCCUGUGGGAUGUAUGGAGAGGUGAGAAUGGAGUGUUCUGGAAUGACAGAAGAAGAAAUGGUUGUGAUUAUCUGUGCAUCCUGUGCUUUUAAUUUUAUUAUCUACUGUACAUAGUUCAUGCGAAGAAGUACGAUGAUGUACAUAUUGUAUUGAAUUCCUUUUAAUGUUCCUCUUUAAUACCAUUGUUAAAUUUUACUAGGAGGUUUAAUAGGC